GAACUUAUUUUGCAGUGGCAUUGAAACUUCUUUUCAGGGUGGACAUCAAAUUUUCUUUGUCGUUGACCAUAUUCAUAUAGCAUCAAACCAAAUACAUAAAUUUUGGAAUUAAAAUGGGAUCAGCAAAAGAUCACCUUGAUGUGCUCAUCAUCGGUGCCGGAUUUUGCGGAUUGCACACACUUAACAAACUCAGAAAAUCCGGAUUUUCUGCAAAAAUUUAUGAACGCAGUUCUGGUUUGGGAGGCGUUUGGCAAGCUAACCGAUAUCCGGGCGCUAGAGUUGACAUUGAAACACCAGCAUAUCAACUAUCGGAUAAAGAACUAUGGCAGGAUUUCGAUUGGGGUGAACGCUAUCCUGGUCGUUCCGAACUCCUCCGCUACUUCAAUCAUGUCGAUAAGAAACUUGGACUCAGCAAAGACAUUGAAUUCAAUACGACGGUCGUAAGUUCGAGGUUUGACGAAUCGCGUCAACUCUGGUGUGUCAAGACAGACACGGGAUUGUCAACAUCAACUUGGGCCAAGUAUUUUAUCCUCUGCACAGGCUUCACAUGCACAAAAUACAUACCCGAGUACAAAGGAUUGGACAAAUUUAAGGGGAUCUGGCAUCAUUCGGCCCUCUGGCCGGAAGAUACCGUGGAUCUGACGGGAAAAAGAGUUGCCGUUGUGGGGACUGGAGCCUCGGGGGUACAGAUAAUUCAAACAAUUGGUCCUCACGUAUCACAUCUCACCGUUUAUCAACGCACCCCCAACAUGGCUCUUCCAAUGAGACAAUGUUCAAGUAGCGAUGAGAAAAUAAACGACGGAACAAAGUGGACCUUCCCAAAGAAGGAUGAAUAUGAAAGAAUAUUUCAAAAGAUGCGAACCACUUUUGCUGGGAUUCGGGUGGACUUUACUCCCCAAAAAUUUCAAGACGCUACGCCAUCUGAAAGACGAGCCCUUUACGAGGAUAUUUGGGCUUAUGGAGGAUUUUCAUUUUGGCUCGCGAAUUAUAUUCAAACCUUAUUUGAUCAAGAGGCCAACGACGAAGCUUACGGCUUCUGGUGUGAAAAGACUCGGGCAAGAAUUCAUUCCGAGGAGAAAAAGGAAUUAUUAGCUCCAAUGAAACCUGUCCAUGCAUGGGGGACAAAACAUCCUAGCCUGGAGCAAUCCUAUUACGAAGUGUUUAAUCAGGAUAAUGUUGACAUCAUCGAUGUGCGUGAAUCUCCGAUUAUUGAGAUGACGGAAACCGGAAUUCGAACAGAAAAAGAAGGUGUCAUCGAUUUUGACGUAAUUAUCCUCGCCACUGGAUUUGACACUCGAACGGGUGGCAUGUUAAACAUUGACAUAAGAAAUGGUCAAGGGAAAUCAAUUCAGCAACAUUGGGAAAAUGGAAUCCGUUCGUAUCUUGGCAUGAUGACAAACUCGUUUCCAAACUUAUUUUGGUGUUAUGGUCAACACAGUCCAGCAGCAUUUUCGAACGGACCUCAUUGUGGAGAAGUUCAAGGCGACUGGAUUACCGAGCUGUUGUUGAAUAUGAGGGAAACUGGUAGGGAAGUAGUUGAGGCAGAAAAAGGGUCGGAGGACGCUUGGGGCAAAAAUAUUAAGGAAAUGUGGCAUGCCAGUCUAUAUCCAAAGACAGAAUCUUUGUAUCAAGGAAACAAUAUUCCUGGCAGAAAACCAGAACCGAUUUAUUAUUUUGGUGGAAUACCGGCAUAUGUUGCAGCGUUGAAAAAUUCCAAAGUGAAUAACUACCAAGGGUUUGAUUUUAAAUGAUUCGUUUAUUACAGCUUUGUGGAGUUAAGGUCGUAAAGUACUUGGAGGUUCUUCUGUCAAAUUUUAGGAUAUUAUACUAUUUCCAAUUGUUAGCAAUUUCUGAAAUUAAAAGUAACCGAUAAGUAUUACAAGUACA